CAGACAGCAGCCACGGCUCCAGGCUCUCCGGGGCUGGCAGCACGGAGGCUGAAGAAGAACCCGGUCUGGCCCUGCUUUAACUCUGGUCUGCCUCAAGGCUCUGGAAUUCUGGGAGUUGGAGUUUGUUGUGGGGCCCAGAGCAGAGCUUUAGCUCUUGUCUGGCUCAAGGCUAUGGAAUUCUGGGCCCCACAACAAACCCGGACUCCCAGAAUUCCAUAGCCUUGAGCCAGAAAAGAGUGAAAGAGGGGCCAAACUGGAGUCCAUUGAUGGGGAGCAGAAUCUUGUGUUAUUUGGCUCCGAUUUGAAGUCAGAAGGUCCUGAUCCCGGGAAAGACUUUCCCAGCCCCUGGUACCUUUCCUCCACAGAAAGAGAGGACCACUCAUGCCCAGUUUGCUGAUGCCCGGUUGAAGCAGCCCUCCUCUUGUAAAAUGCCCAUGAACAAGUCACAAGUCUAUUUUCAGGGACUACAGUUCUCAGAAUCCCCCAUCCCAGCAUAAGGAUCCUGCCAGCUGGGGUCUCCUGAAGUAGCUUUUCCAAGCUCUGGUCAAAAUAGGCUUUGCCUGGUCAGAAGAGAGCAGACACAGAAGUCUUCUCUUUCUCUUAUGCAUCUUCCCCAGGAAGGCACCCCCAGAAGUCACCCAAAAUAGUGAGGCCUUUGGAGCGCCAACUCUUCCCCGGCCCUCAAAACUCUUCUCCAAAGUGGAGGCUCAUGACUUUGAAGGACAAGGUCUGCGGUUGGGACAGUAUCCUCAAAAUAAAGGAUGCUCCUGAAAAUGGUUGGCAUGCCUUCCAAUUCUCACUGCACCUGGGUAUAGUUCUGAUUAGGGUUCAAUCCCAGUUUAGGUCUGCCUUGGCACCUCUUGCACCUGCAAAAGCCCAAAAGUAUGGCCUUUUCCGAGGUCCCUUUCUCCUCCAGGUGGAUUCUAGCAAAAUUCGCCUACAGGCAAGUGAAUAAAGAGGCCAUUUUACAAUGAAUUGCAUUUAUAACUGACUUCUCUCACCUCAAGAAAGUCAAGGUGAUAUACAUAGAAUCAUAGAAACAUGGUACAUCCUCUUAGUCUGAGAGUUAGUGACCAGCCCAAGGUGAGUUUCUUGGCUGAGGAGGAAUUUGAACUCAGGUCUUCCCAGCACUGUAAUCGAGACACCCCCAUUCCUGGCUCUGUAGUCCGCAUUUGUUCUUUUUUGCCUGCAUCUCUUUGCCUUUGUUCUUCCUAGAUCUCCUUUUUGUUCCAAAAGUUCAAAACGUGUCCCUGGGUUUGAGAGUUCAAGUUCUGAGGACGUUUUGCUGGCAACCUUCGAGGAAAGAAAGAACAGAGCUUGGCAAAGUUCCUUUUUUUAGGCUGCAUGUUCUUGAGCCCUUCAACCAGACAUUGGAAGUUGUAGUCCCCCAGCCAGCCAGCCUCCAGAAGUUGUAGUCCAAAAGAAAUAAUAAUAAGAUUUCUAAACUGCAGGAGAGAUGGGAAGGAUGGAGAAGGAAGGAAGAAUGGAACCAAUGAGGAAGAAUAGGGGAAGAAAGGACCUGGCAGUAGCAGAAAGUGACUCUGAACUGGAGCUUGUGGAGGAUGUCUGGCGAGGGGAAGCCCAGGAUCUCCUCACUCAAAUUGCUCAGCUGCAAGAGGAGAACAAGCAACUGAUGACCAACCUCUCCCACAAAGACGUGAAUUUCACAGAAGAAGAGUUCCAGAAGCAUGAAGGGAUGUCGGAGCGGGAAAGGCAGGUGAUGAAAAAGCUGAAGGAAGUGGUAGACAAACAAAGAGAUGAAAUCAGAGCAAAGGACAGAGAACUUGGACUUAAAAAUGAGGAUGUAGAAGCUCUUCAGCAGCAGCAAAACAGGCUUAUGAAAAUUAAUCACGACCUGCGCCACCGAAUCACGGUUGUGGAGGCGCAAGGAAAAGCUUUGAUUGAGCAGAAAGUGGAGUUGGAGGCAUAUCUACAAACCAAGGAGCAGGAGAUGGGAGCACUGCGGGCUGAGCUGGGAAAACUCCGAGAGAAACUGCAGGGAGAACCUAGCCAGAACGGAGAAGAAAUUCCGGUGGAAGAACCAAACAACGAUGACUAUAUCUUGGAAUCGGAGAAGAUGGCCAUGGACUUGAAAGAUCCCAAUCGCCCCAGGUUUACUUUGCAAGAGCUGCGAGACGUUUUGCAUGAGAGGAACGAACUGAAAUCUAAAGUUUUUUUACUGCAAGAGGAGCUGCUUUAUUAUAAGAGCGAUGAAGUGGAUGAGGAAACCAGAUCUCCUCAACCGACAACCAUAAUGAAUUCCAAACCAACCACUCAGCAAGAAUCUGGAAUCAAACGGCUGGGUCCUGCAAUGGAGGGGGCAACUCCCCACCUCACACAGUUGCCAAUGUUUAGUUUCUUCUCCCGAGACAAGAAACGGAUGCAGGCAAGCCAGCGAAAUGUCCCCUUCCAGGGUUCCUUUGGUGAAUGGGCCGACUCUAACAAAGACGAUGUAUACACCGAACAAGGCCUGGAGGCCCUGCAACACCUGUGACUGGAAGCAAGUGGUGUUUGGGUUACGGUGGUAAUGGCACGUUAAAACAUGGAGGGACCCAGGUAGCCAACUGUGUCCCCGCACCCCAUUCGUUUGCCUUAUUCAGUUGGCUACGGGGCUUAUUUUUCCCCCACUGAUUUGCCACAAGGGAUUCCUUAACGUUUACUUCUAGUGACUGCACUCCGAAAACUAGACCCGAGUCUCUUUAGCAAUGGCUUUGUAUACUCUGGUGUAGCCACUCUUGCUAUGUUAUUGGCCACACGUUCCUUUAAGAAGCCCCUGGACUGUUUGACUGUUACAUUAACUUCGCCUAACAAAACUUUCCUUUAAACCAAAAAAGAUGGAUGCCAUUGCAAGAGUUACUUCCACAUCCAGUUGCUCUCGUUGGACGCUCUUCUCACCCAGUCUGUUUGAAAAGGGCAUUUCUGGAUAGCAAGGACCUUCCCUCCUCCUUUCUUCCAAGGACUCUUGAGAGAGUCUUUGCUGUUGUGCUUAAAGCAGGUCCUGGGUGCAGCUUUGGUGGCACAUUCUUUUUACAGAACGAGCCCAUGAUGGAAACUGGUCUGACACAAAAUCCUGGAAAUUGAAUCACUCUCCAGAUGGGUCAGGACUGUGUAUUUUUGGUUUGUUAUUUAUAGUGCCUACAGACAUGAUUUACAAGGCAACGGCGCCUUGCACUUUGCUCUGUGAUAUAUUAACAAAAACUAAAACCGCUGAAAUCCAUGCUAACCUUUUUUUAAAGGAUCUUCUUAACGCCUCAAGUCUUUCCCCCUUUUUUCCCUGCAAGGCGAUCUCUUUUAUGAAGCACGCGGGUCUUUUACUAUCACAAGCUUCAGGAGCCGAAGUCAACUUUUAAGCGGAUUUCUUCCGUCUAAUCUGGUUAAGGAUCUUACCUGGAUCCAAACAGCCCUUUGAGGUGUGCCCACUAUAGCACUGGGGAAGGCCAGUUUGUAUAGAACUGUUCCUGAGAGGGCUUUGGUGCAUGGCUCAUUGCACAUUAGUAUUUCAUCAGGACAGUCAAGCUACCUUAGCUCUUAUUCUGAGGUUUUUCACCUCUGCACUAACACUAAUUUCACCCCAGAUCUUUCUGAGAAGGCUUUUGUACCAUUUGGCAAGGGCAGGGAAUACCUCUUUACGGUGAGCGUAAGGAGUCUCCACAUGACCUCCAUUAUGCAUUCAGAAAGAUCGGAAUGGACACUCCUUUUCUGGUCAACCAGUGUGGAAAAGCUCCUUUUUUGGACUACAAGUCCCAGAAUACUCCAGCCAGCAUGGGCACUGGUUCUUGGUGGCCAUACAUACCUCUGGUAUCUACCUAUUCACUGUUGUUGGGAUGAACCACAACCUACAACACCUCUCUUCCCAUUUUCCAUCGCUGGUAGUGCCCUCCUGUUUUGCAGUGGUCCCAUUUUGAGUCUGCUUCUGUCAGCACUUUCCAUCUGAUUUUGCUAUUAAAGGAAAUGCUGGCAUCCCGUUUUGCCAACGUUUAGAGUUUUCCUUUAUGGGAGCAUGGCCUAUGGCCACAGUGGCAAGAGGGAAUGUUGUACCAGCCUUCAUCCUGCUUCUACUCUGUAGGUUCGCUGGAUCUCUGAAGAUUAUUGGUGAAAACUCCAAUAGUUCCGUACCUAAGACUUAAGAGCUGGAAAGUUCCCUGUUCAAAUCUUUCAGCCACAAACCCAUUUGGUGGCCUUAACCAGGCUGCUGUUAAUACCACUCUAUACAUUGGUCAGCCAUACAGGGAUAAAUAUAAGGGAUAAUGAAUUUUCAGGGAGUGUUAUGGUUACUGAUCUGUUGGAAACUUCACCACAGCGCUGUACAGACACGCAAUACUAUUCUUGUCCUUACCCUCAGUAUUAUUGUAUGUGAUCAAGGCGUGUAUCUUGUUUUUGUUUUUUUUUUUUAAUUUAAAGAAUUCUAUCUAAAUAGCAAUGGUGAGUUUGUAAAAAAGUAUUUAUGUUACCAGUCCAGCCCUCCUGGUUUACUUGGGGUUAAAUUAGCUGAAGCUGCGCUAACUCCUUUGGCCCUAUAUCAAUUGAAAUCCAAUAGGUUUGCCUUGGUUUGGUUGUGCAGGAAGCCGACGUCAGCUCCACAACGCACUGUAUUUAACCAUGAGUGCCAAAUUCUAUUCCUCCGGCAGCACCAUCCAAUUUCAGAAUUUUGUGAGUGUGUAAGUUGAUCCUCCACCCCCCCUUCCCCGCCAUUGGUGUGCAAGCCAGAAUUCUGCUUGAAUGAAGUGAGCAAAGUAUGUCCCUCCAGGAGAUGUUGGAAUGCAGCUCCCAACAUCCAUAGCCAGCAAUGGUGAUGGAUGCUGGGAGUUACAGUCCAACACUUUAUUUUACCUACUUUGAGAUAAAGUGCAAGUGGUAAUAUAGCUGGAGUAGGCCCUUUGCCACACUUGGGAGGGGUGAACAACAGAUACCCCAACUGAGCGCUGAGCUGGCUCUGCAUCAGCUGAUGCAGAAUAUGCAUCAUGCAGCCACCUCAAGCAGCAGCUGCUGAGUAUCACAAAGAGAAGCAAACAGUGUGUUGUUUGAUUUGUUGUUCCUGCAUUUUUACUCCCAGAAACAGGGAAGUGCCAGGAUAUUCUGGCUCGUGUGCCAAAUUAAUUUGGCUCAUUUUGGGUACUGUGCACCUUGCGCCACUUGCUGCUUGCUCUCUUAGGCAGCAAAAUGUCAUGGGUUGGCCCUGCUUUGUAUAGCACCUGUGCAAUUUGGCCUUAAUGCUUCUUACAUUUUGUAUGUUGGUUGGGAGAAAAGAACUGAUGUUUUGUUUUAAAGCUUCUCUUCUUGGGAUGAGGGCCUGAUGCUGCAGGGCUGUGCAGCCUGAACCAAAAACCCUUUUUUAAAAACAGUACAGAAAGCGACAGCAAGCUGCUUGCAUGUGGCCAAACGUAUUCUGUUUUGAGUAACCUCAGUAUCAGAGAUUCUCCAGCUUAAGGUGUGAUGCAUCUUAUGUUGAUGUGUCCCUCCUUGAAGGGACUGGCUUUUCCAGUUAAAAAGAAUUAAACUCUAGGAGUGUUUGGCUUUGAAAGCUGAUACCACUCACAUUAAGUAGUCCUAAACUAGAAGGACCCGUGCUCCCAUAGGAUGUAAAGCAGAUGAUUACUUUUAGUUAAAGAAAAAACUUGCUCCUUAAUCUAAAAACCUGAUCCCAGACAUAUUUAAAUAAAAGCUAUUAAGAAAACAGGUUUGCAAUCCUAGACACUCUGAAGAGUGGGAGCAAGCCUCAUAUAACUCAAUGGUUCCCACUGCCCUUAGUAUGCCAGCAUACCAGUAGUAAACAAAUUACUGAGUUCUCUAAGACAGUGUUUUUGAACCCCUGACAUCCCAGAGGUUUUAGACUUCAACUCUCAGAAACCCUAAGGGUUGGCUGUGCUAGCUAGGGCUUCUGGGAGUUCGUCCAAAACAUCUGGCAAGCCAGAAGUUGAAAACCUCUACUCUAGAACUCUUCACAUUCAAAAGUGGAUGGAAAGAUAAAAUAAGUCAUUAUGUUAAAGCAACAUUUUUGUGCAGGGGGGGCGGCUUAUAGCCCUCCAGAUGUUGGACUUGAGGUCCAAGUAACCCCAGCCAGGCUAGCCAAUGGUCAAAAAUUGAUGGAAGCUGCUCUCCACCAACUUCUAGAGGGCUACAAGUUACACUGCAUGAGAGAUUUCACAUAAAGUGAGAUUGAAUAGAACAGACAAACAGUUUUGUAAGAAAACACCUUCUCCACAACCACAGGGGAAAUAUAUUCAUCCCCUCGCAUUUGCAGCUUUGACUUUUGCGGAUUUGAUUAUUCACGGAUUUUAUUAAUAAACUCUGUGGUCAACUUUAACCAAAAGUCACACUGAAGGACCUAGAGAUUCCUAGAAAUAGAUAGAUAGGAGAGAA